GAGGCCGUCUCCUAUAUAAGAGCCAGCCCCUCCUGGCCUUCUAGCUCCACAGCAACAACACCAAGUCGAAUAGUCCAUCCACCAGCAAAAGGCUCCUUCGAUCGCGGCUACCUAAUUAAGCUAGCUGUAGCCUCCAGCCUUUCUUCUUCCAUCUUUCUGCGCACCAUCCAUUCAUUCUAGUGUCUCUGAUCUUGAUCUCUCCAAGGAUGCGUCGCCUGCUCUUCUUCUGCCUGGUGUCUAGCCACAUCGCCGUGACCACCGUCAUGGCGCGGCAGUUCCCAACCGUCUUCCUCUUCGACGGCGUAGCAGCAGACGCUCCUUCUGCUGCCUCCGACCCUUCAUGGCUGCGUGGGCAUGCUCUCCUGGAGUCCGGGUUCGCAGGGUCGCCGCUGAGCUCGUCUCACCACGGAGUGACGCACGGCCCCUUCGACAGGCACUUCGCCGGGGGCAAGAUCAUACUGGGGGGCCUCGUGGCCGCCAUCGUCGUCGCCGUCUUCUGCUACAUCCGGAUCACCAGGGCCAAGAAGAUCGUCAUAGAGGAGCCCAAAUCUUGACUGCUCCUUUUUUUGCCCUUUUCUCCCCUGGUUUAUAUAGCACAAACACACACAAAAAAUGUAGCCCGCAUAGAUUUGUUUGUGACAUGCAAAGAACUACAGUUAAUUGGUGGUGAUGGGAUAGGUUGAUUCCUCAUCUUUCUUGCGCAGGUCAAGAAAUAUGUGAUGUGUACAUACACUAUGCUGCGGUGAUGCUGAAAUCAUUUUUUUUAUAUAUUAACGUCUGGAAUUAAUCAUAGUGUUCGUUGCGCUGA